GCAACACAUAAUUGCCUCUGCUCUAUCACCACCUGCGUCCCCCUCGAGCUUAUCAUUACGGUCAAAAAUAUUCAACGCCCAGGUCUUAAACGGGUGCUACUUAAAACGACUUUAUCUGCAAUCGCCGAUAUCUUAUCGUGCUGGCGUACCACUUCGUGCCGUCAGGCAAACGACCUGAAAUGCCAAGGAACUCUGCCCCUUCGAGUCGACGAAGCAUACUUUCCCGCACUACAAUGGCGCUGUGCCGGCGAGAGAACUUUCCAGGGACAACUUGCCGCUGAAGCUGGCUAUGCAGUAUCUGCGCCGUGCAACCAGAGCCAACCGAGCCAGUGACAGUGCCAGCAUAAGUCCCAGCUGAACAACCUCCCACGCACAACCAAAGGCCCAAAACACCUCAAGCAAUGUGUAGGAUGGAAAGACCGCCGACAGCAUCGGACUCCGAUGGUCCCUCGGAUCGAGCGGGCGACAAGGGCUACGAGACCAAAGCGGACCAGGCGGAACAGGAUGGGGCCUGGGCGGCGGCCACCCAGAGGGCCAUCGAGCACCUGGAGGCACAGCUGGGAAAAGGCAGCCUCUGCUCAGACUGCGGAUGCCUCACAAAAGGGUUGGUGCCCGCAUCCGAGGAGGGCAGUUGCUCGCGGCCUACUCUGACCGACGUCCCUUCGGGGCGUCUGCGGCCGGUCGUCUUCACAUACCGCGAGGACAGCCACCUCAACCUGCACCUGGAUGACAUCCGUUACAUCGACGAAAGUGCCAGCCAGGGCAUCUGCCGCAGGAGCUCCCUGUCCCUGUGCCCCGGCCACGGAGAGCUCUCGCUGGGCUCGAGCCCGGCGUCCCCGUGCAGCCUGGCCGGGGCCCGCAAGGCCAGCCUGGGGCCCCAGCCGCGGCCGCUCCUCGUCCACAUGUCCUCGGCCGACCUGAGCCUGGCCGACGUGCCGGGGGACAGCCACCACUUCCACCUCGAGGGGGACACCCAGAGCGUGCUCUCCCUCUACGUGCAAAGGGACUUCAGGUACUUCCUGCAGCACCCGUACGCCCGGCUGUUUGUCUCUUACUUUGUGAUCUUCUGCAACUUCCUGGUGUUUGCGGAGGAUCCCAUCUCGCACAGCCGCACCGAGAGCGAGAUCCCCGUGUUUGGCAACGUCUUCUCCUUCAUGUGCACCAAGUACCCGCCCGAGUGGGGCUGGCGCUGCCUCAAGGUGCUCCUCUGGCUCGUGGCGCUCUUCUGGGGGCUCGUCUGCGGGAAGUACAUCAUACACCACUUCCUGCUGCGAAACCUGUGCAGACUCAAGAUGUUCCGCGAAGAACAGGGCACCUGGAUGAUCAUGCUGCUGACGAUGGUCAUCUUUGUCUACAUGUUCUCCCUGGUGUACAACUUCUUCCUGAUGAGUGCCUACCCGGAGCCAGAACUGUUCCGGAUCAACGCCCUCAUGGGAAUCACCAACGCCAACUUCAUGAAGUUUGCCGCCUGCGGAACCUGGCUUGGCGACUUCCUCACCGCCUGGAUGGUGACAGACAUGAUGCUGCAAGACCAGCUGUACCCCAGCUGGGCCAGGUCGCUGCGUGCCUUCUGGCAGAGCCACGGCAGAACGCGCAUCAUCGUCUUCUGGUCCGGCACGGUCAUCCUGUCCACCGUGGUCAUCAGCCUCAUUGUGAGCGACUACAUCUCCUGGGACUACCUCAACCGGGAAUUUGUGGCCACUACCGAGCUCUCGAGAGCCUUCCUCGCUUCCUUCAUACUCGUCAUGGACCUGCUGAUCGUGAUGCAGGACUGGGACUUCCCACACUUCGUCUGUGACUUGGACAUCAAACUGCCAGGCAUGCACGCGGCCUCGUUCAAGUACAGAAUGUUUCAGAAAUAUGUUCACUUGCCCGAGAUAGUGUUCCACAUCACCGGCAAGUGGUUCAACUACGGCAUCAUCAUCAUAGUGAUGUUGCUGGACCUCAACAUGUGGAAAAACCAGAUCUUCUACUAUCCCCCCGACUACGGACAGUACACGGGGACAGACAACAAAGUGCGCACCGUGGCCAGCUAUGCGGUGCUCGCUACCGGGAACCGAACACUGUGGACGCUGGAGAACCGGCAGAAUGUGCUCAACCCCCGCACCAACGAGAGCCUGAUGGAAGACGACAUCCUGAUGAACUCUCGCUACCUGGGGUACCCCCUCUCUGUCAAGGGCCUGGCCUUCUUGCCCUCCCUGCUGGGAUUCUCAAUGUUCGGGGUGCUGACGUACCUGUACGGCCGGUUCCCGCCCAAGACGGACGCCACGGCGGGGGGCCGCCUCCGCCGCCGCCAGGCGUCCUUCCGCUCCAGCUGGAAGCAGGGUGCCCGCAUGGGGCCCCACGGGCACCCCAACGCGCGUCCCAUGGCGCGCCUCGUCGUGUGCUGGGACAAGCGUUGCGGCGCCGUCUCCACCCACCGGCAGCCGCCCGGCUCCAAGGACGACGCCCGCUGAACCUGCUCGUGUUUUCGACGUUGCGCCGGGUGUAGCAGCCCGAGCUGCCGAUUGGACGCUGCAGCGUCCGAGGCGGAGGCGCCUGCUCUCGACGGCACUGGCCCCGUCUCCAAACGGCGCAUACACCUCGUCCGAAAAAGUGCUCCCGCUGUUUCCGUCGUGCAAUACGGGGGUCACGUUGUCACUGGCUGCGGUCCUGGUGGAUGAAUGCCUGUUCUGCUGCAGGUUGCUCUCCGGCUCAACGCUCCACCAGUGCUCGCUCCCACCUUUUGCCGCAACUCGUACGACCAACUGCCGGGACGUCACUCCCACUUUUCCAACGUUGUUUGUUGCCAUUUUGAGAGCACGGGGCAGGCGGAACGGGACGCCAAACACGCUGGACGGAGGCGUCAUAAUGGAACGGACGACGCAGAUAGCCGGAGGGAAUGCGCUUUCUCGGAUCAAAUCAAAUCUGCCGAAGCGGCGAGUGAUUUGAGGUUUGAGGCCGACGCUCGUGCAAGCAUUUAGUUCCGAUAAAAAGAAUUCGCGACCGUUCGAAUUUCGAGCGGGCCGCGACGUCCGGACGCUCGGCUUCCGUCGUCGAGAGCGAAAUGCCAUGACCUCGAGGCCUCGACUUAGCGUGCGCUUGCACCGAGUAACCGUGGGUCGGCAGCCUUACGACGGAGACAUUUGGCGAGUGUUCUCGAGCAGACAAGGUGUACGGGAACUUUUUCCUCGAGGCCCGCGGAGAGGAGACUGUGCGGUUGAAAAACAAUGCUUUCUACUGCCACCCUAGAUUUCGGAUUUUAAACCCUGCGUCAGUGGCUUAGCUGGAAAUAUUUUUUGGGGGGCGCCUCUAGACGGCAGGAAUGUCCACGACCGGGGGAGCCAGGUAUGGGGGGGGGGGGGGAUAUUGCGCGUGUAUAUUCUGGGGUCGACUGGAUUUCAGGGGAGGGCCCCGUUCCCCCGGCCACCGCCCAUGCUCAACCUCCGCGUUGGCCGAACCCUUGCGUCGUUCCACUCGUCAUCGGCGCGCCGGCAAGUCCCGAUCGAGCGAUACCAGCCCCAUUCAUUCGGCAGGCACUGCCAACCUCGUCACCGUCUCGUUAGCACGCAGCCCUUGCCAGAGGGCUCGGGUAGCUGCGCGGCAAGUCUGGAAGGACCCGCAUCGGUGUUGACUCCGUAAAUGCAUUUCCCGUCGCUCUUCCGACUACCGCGCCCGUACGUCGCAGACGUGGCGCUCCUCAUCCUGGUACAAAAACAAUGUACAAAUGCCGCAACCUCCGCAAUCAAAGCGGCACCGAGAAGGAACACAAAGUUAUCGUCGAACAAAAUCCCCGUUGCUCGACGGUCACAACCACGGUGCGUGGACGAACGUCUUAUCUUGGGACGACGCUCGGGCACACGAACGACGGGUGUCGAGAGGCUCUUGUCGCAGACGAGAAGUCGCGAUUGGCCGCAACAGGUUCAUUUGCAUCUCGCAUAGCGCCGACGGAUUGGGCGACGUCUCCGUGUUGGUAGAGAGUAGCGUAGAGCCUGAGCUUCUUCCAAGGCACGCCUUAAGAAUUUCGCACGCAAGAGCUGCUGUCAAAGUAACCGAUAAUCUAACCAGCUAACACGCUCGCAUUUGUUGUUGGUGCAGUCACUCGAGUAACCACCAAAUCGUCGCAGCGGCCGGUGUCGGAGGCCGCAGAACGUGCGCUCUGCCGUCGGCAAACGUGCUCUACCGCCCGUGACCCAAAGAGUAAUAGUCGACGGAACUUGCGGCACGCCCAACAGCGCCCCCUCGAUGGAAAAUGGAAGCUUCCUGUCAUAAAAAGUGUUUCGAAAACAGAAACGGACCGUUUACUCCUCCAAAUAUUUCGACACACAAACGGACAUGUCGCGGUUCACAACGAAGACUUCACACUCGUCACCGACUACACCUAGGUACGCCACUGCAAGCUCCGAUCCAUGGUUCUGGAAGAGCUCGAACUAAGGAAAGAGCACGCUAGUCAUUAAGCAUAGUUAAAGGAAGUAUUUUUUAAGCAUUAGCUAUCUCUAUUACAUUUCAAUUACCCUAACACUCGUGAUCAAUCGAGCAAUUGUA